AUGCCUUUUACCUCUCACUCCGUUUCCUGUGGACCCAAGAGCCAUGACCUUCUGCGCCCCAGUCUAUACCGGCCGGUUCGCUCCGCCUCUGUAUUUUCUAUAAUGUGGUCAAUCACUUGCCCACGUCGUCGUUCUUCCCACAAUCUGAGGCCAGCCGUCUUCGGCUUCGUUCAAUUGUGUUGGCUCACUCGCCCGCCGGAGUCUUCUGCGGCUCGAGUCAGACUCGCUUGUGCAUGA